AUGGCACGCCAUGGAGAUGCGGUGCUUGCGGGAGAUGAUGCUCUCAAUCUCACAGCACCCCUUGAUGCCGAGAAGCACCACGAGGUGGACGUGGUUGAUCUGCUGCCCGGCCACAUCUGGCACAUCAUCUUCCGCCACCUGCUGGGUCAUGACGAACGGGAUCAUGACUCCUCCUGGGUCGCAUCGCACUGCGGUGACUCCUCCUCGGUCGCAUCGCAGCAGGGAGCCGCCACUGGCAGCACGGAGGGAACUGGCAGCACGGAGGGAACUGGCAGCACGGAGUUCGGUGCCACAGUCAAUCCACCUCCUGACAUCUUCACAGGGAGCAACCGGUGGCACGCGGGGGCCGUUUGCUCCUCUACCAUCUCCCUUCCCAUCUCUCUCUACCAUUUCUCUACCAUCUCUCUACCAUCUCUCUACCAUCUCUCUACCAUCUCUCUACCAUCUCUCUGCCAUCUCUCCGCCAUCUCUCUGCCAUCUCUCUGCCAUCUCUCUGCCAUCUCUCUGCCAUCUCUCUGCCAUCUCUCCGCCAUCUCUCUGCCAUCUCUCUGCCACCUCUCUGCCCAUCUCUCUCUGCAACCUCUCUGCCAUCUCUCUGCCACCUCUCUGUCCAUGACACUCGAGCAGGAGUUUGAGCGCAGGACGCUGAUGUUCAACACCAAAGUCCCCCGGGUGUCAGGAAUGCUCUCCUUCUUCCUCCGACACGCGUCUCACACGUCCCUUAAUUUCAUUCUCAACAGAAACCGGGACCUGAAAUGCAUUAACCGUCUCUUGCAGCCCUCUGCGCGCUCCCUCACAAGCCUGUACAUUGGGUGCGACCCGAGUGACGAGAUUUUUCAGGAUAGGCAGCUGCAGCUGCUUAUGCGUCCUGCGUUUCUGGGGGAGUUUGAGCAGCUGGAGCAGCUGGAGCUAGGCAAUGCCAUCUGGAAACUAGACAAGCUGAAUCCAGCAAGGUUCAAGGCUUUAAGGAGUCUGAGAAUCCACGAUUUCAAGUUCAAGAGAAAUGAUCUGUCCUUUCCCUCAUCCGUCGCACCGCAGCUGCAUCAACUCAAUCUCUUCUCCUCCAGUCAUGGCUCUGGCACCACCACGCUCGAUUUCAAGCUCACCGCUGCUUGA